UGCAUCCAUCACAGGUGCCUGCUCCCCGAAACACCAUGCCUGGGUUCGUUCUUUUUUGCCUCCUCUCUGCUUUCUUAACUUCAGGAAACUCACUGGUUUGUGAGGUGUGUAAAUCGAAAGAAGCCUCAUGCUCCGGAACUCUGCAAACCUGCGAAGAUUCGGAACAUGUCUGUUCUACAAUGGUAGCAGAAUACAGAAUCGGGGGAAUCAUGUUCACGAGAAGUUUUAAGGAAUGCAUGGAAACCUCACCGAUCUGUGACUUUAUCCCCUUCAGCAUGACAUUCAGGCCGAGCAUCGCCAUGCGGACAACCUUCAACUGCUGCAGCACUGACGGGUGUAACUCAGUGCAACCUGAAUUGCCAGAGGUCUCCAGAACACCCAACGGCUUCGAGUGUCCUUCCUGUUUUGCUCUUGGAGCCAGUCGGUGCGGAUACAUGGAUACUUUGCAGUGCUCUGGGAACGAAGACCACUGUUUUGAGAUUACAGGAACACUGAUGAUCGGUAAUUUUAAUUUCACCAAAUCCUCUGCCGGCUGCGGCACUGCCGGCACCUGUUCCAAAAAGGUGGGUUCUCAUCGCUAUUCCAAGAAUGUGGUGGAUGUUUUGACAAAAGUGAAGUGUUCCCCGGCACUCCAGGCUGGGAGCACCAGAACCGAGCUCUGAUGGACCGGCCCGUCUUCAAACCUCCAUUGACAGCAUAAUCACAAGAGGGUCUCGCUUUCUCUUGAGGACUAGUGUUGAGGUCAGAUUUGUAUCAUCUGGGCCUGGCACAUUGCGCUGCUUCCUUCCCUACUUUUAGGUAAUAAAGUAUUCCAAAAUCUAAUUCAAAA